CGCAUCAAAUCUCUGUCGCAGCAAUAACACCUUGAUCAUAGCAAGCAUAACCGUAUCAGACGCACAGUUACAGACGCGGCGCAGCAUCCGAAAAGCAAGGUGAUCAUGCAGCUCAUGGCUCAGCUUCAAUGGCCAGCGGCGGUGGGAGCUAGGGGGCUGUCGUGGCUGUGGAAGCGCAGUCGUCGCGUGGCUGUGGCGGCUGUGGUGGUGGUGGCGGUGGUGAAGGUGCGGGCCUAUGUCCAGAAACAACAGAGAAGGAAGCGGUGGGAGGCGGCUGGCCAGGAUGUGGUGGUGCUGCACAUGUUUGUGCGGGGGAAGAACUUGCCCAACCUGUCCCCGUUCGUGCUCAAGCUGGAGACCUACCUGAGGAUGGCCGACAUCAAGUAUGAGGUAGACUACGAGGAACCGAUGGGGUCGAAGGGCAAAUCCCCGUGGAUCACACUGAACGGACAGGAUCUGGCAGACUCCCAGUUCGUCAUGGAACAUCUGGCCUCCAAGUUCAACAAGGACUUCAGCUCCCACCUGAGCCGAGAGGAGAAGGCCACGGCGCACGCCCUCAGGAUCAUGUUGGAGAACAAUACCUUGUGGGGUCUGGCAUACUGGCGUUACGUGCAAGACGGCGGAAGGGCGAUACUGACUGGAAUGUACGUGCCCUUCUUUGUGAGGCUGAGUUUAACAGCGUUUGUCCGGCACUUUAAGAAGUUAAUCUGGAUGCAGGGGAUGGGGCGACACAGUCCACAUGAUAUAGAAUAUCUGUGCAAACAGGAUCUGGCUGCCCUUGCUACCCACCUAGGUGACAAGGACUUCCUGAUGGGGGACAAGCCGACCGAGGUGGACUGUGCCGUGUUUGGGUUCUUGUGCCAACUUAUGUAUGCCUCAGCGGGCUCCCCCUAUGCCAGGAUGCUGGAGACUGACUUCCCUAACCUCCGCUCAUACUGUCUGCGUGUUAAGGACAAGUUCUGGCCUGAUUGGAACGCCUGUCUUGACCCGCCCCAACCAGUAUCGUAACGCCUCCACGCGUCUUCAGUCCUCCUCCAUCAGUUACAGUGGAGCCAUAGGAAGAUGAUGACAAGAGAUUAUUUUUUCCCCCACAGUCGAUAUUAAUGUAAAUUUCCCCUACCGAUGUGUGUCUUACAGAGAGAGAGAGAGCAGUGAUAAGACCCUUCCCUCUGUCCUCUCAUCUUCCUUACUCGUAUGUAGAAUCGAGUAGCAAGGUUCCUCAGUACCAAGCAGCGGGUUUUUGGUUACCAGAUAUUAAUUUCAUGUGCAAGUUCUUUCUUCUUCAAGUUCCUUCUCUUUAUCCCCCUUCAGCUCCUUCUUUCCUUUACUUUUCCUCUUGACUCUUGAUUUUUUUUCUAAUUUCUUCAUAACUUCUUGCCUGUGUUCUCUUCCUAUCUUCUAACGUAUUCUUUUAUUUUUUGUUUAAAUUUCUCGUCAAGUAUGGUACGUUUUUCUUCUUUCCCUUACGAGUAUGUGUAAAUGUGAUUGUCUUACUGAUCGCUAUUGGCAUUAAUGGCAUUAAUACAUUUUCUCUAUACGCAUG